AUGAAAAUGCAACAAUCUCUAUUAUUAGUAUCACCACAAAUGCAACAAUUAACUAAAUAUCCAAUAAAAAUUUCAUUUGUUAUUCAUCCAGAUAGAACGGAUACGUAUGAUGCAUUUCAACUGCAAAUCUAUUCACUUGGACAACAAGAAGGAAUUGCUACGAAAAAAUCAGUAUCAACAACAGUUGAACCAGCGAAAAUAGAAGUGGAAAAAGGAGAUAUUACAAAACAACCAGUUGAUGUUAUUAUUGGAAGUUCAUCAUCAGAAAAUCUAAAACAAAUUUUACUAGAAGCUGAAGGAAAAGAAGUUGAAAAUGCUUAUGACGAAGAAGCUAAAAAUAAUCCACCCUCAUCAAUUAUUUCAACUCUAUCAGGUCAAUUACCUGGCAAACGAAUAUUUUUCCUUAAAUGGGAACCUAAUACAAAUCCUGAAACUCUUAAACAAUCAAUAAUUGAUCUCAUAUGGAAUGUUAUUCAAAAUACUACUUCAUAUAAAUUUACUUCAAUUGCAUUUCUAGCUAUUGGAUGUGGAGAACAUGCCUGUCCUGUUCAUAUUGUUGUUAAAACAAUGGUUAAAGAAAUGAAACAACAAAUUCAAAAUAGAAAUUUAUCAUGGUCUAUUAAAUUUAUCAUUGAGCCUAAUCAAGACAACGUUUAUGAUGAAUUUUGUACACAACUUUUGUUAUCAAAUCAAGAGCCCAUCGAUUAUCAGUUACCUUCAACAUGGCAAACAUCAAAAGAAGAUACGAUGAGGUUUACUGUACCGAAAAAUACAGAUGAAUAUAAAUCCAUUUUUAUCAGUUUUGAUGAGACAAUGAAAAAAAUAUAUCAAGAAAUCAUUAAAAUUGAACGAAUUCAAAAUGAACGAUGGACAGCAUAUGGUGUUGGCGUUUAUUUUUCAUCCAGUGUAGUUUAUAGUCAUGCUUUUACAAGAUCAAAUGCUAAUAGAGAGCGAUGUAUGUUUGUCUCUCGUGUUCUUAUUGGGAAAAUAACCCUAGAAAAUCGUUCAAUGAAAAGUCGACCUCUUGGAUUCGAUUCAACAACAGAUGGAUAUCAUAUUUUUGUUACUUAUCAUGAUGCGCAAACAUAUGCAGAAUAUUUAAUUACAUAUAGAUAG